UCAAGUCCGGCGGCCCCAGUACGCAGGGCGGAGACUGUGCGGAGAUGGAGUUGGGUCUCGCGGGCCGCCGGGUGCUGGUCACCGGGGCGGGCAAAGGUAUCGGGCGCGGCACGGUCCAGGCGCUGCACGCGGCGGGCGCGCGGGUGGUGGCCGUGAGCCGAACACAGGCGGAUCUUGACAGCCUCGUCCGCGAGUGCCCGGGGAUAGAGCCCGUGUGCGUGGACCUGGGUGACUGGGAGGCCACCGAGCGGGCGCUGGGCAGCGUGGGCCCCGUGGACCUGCUGGUGAACAACGCCGCUGUCGCCCUGCUGCAGCCCUUCCUGGAGGUCACCAAGGAUGCCUUUGACAGAUCCUUUGAAGUGAACCUGCGUGCGGUCAUCCAGGUGUCACAGAUCGUGGCCAGGGGCUUAAUAGCCCGGGGAGCCCCGGGGGCCAUCGUGAAUAUCUCCAGCCAGUGCUCCCAGCGGGCAGUAACUAACCAUAGCGUCUACUGCUCCACCAAGGGUGCCCUGGACAUGCUGACCAAGGUGAUGGCCCUAGAACUCGGGCCCCACAAGAUCCGAGUGAAUGCAGUAAACCCCACAGUGGUGAUGACGCCCAUGGGCCAGGCCGCCUGGAGUGACCCCUGCAAGGCCAAGACUAUGCUGGACCGAAUCCCACUUGGCAAGUUUGCUGCUAAUGAGUAAGACAAAAGGGAAACAAGGAGGAUGUCAAGCUUCUCCACUUCAUCAGUGACCUGAGCCACUUUGUUGAAUCAGAUGGUUUUUGGAUACUAGAAGAGCAUUUCCUCAACUUGUGCUGUUCACAAGGUAAUGAGCAGACACAGCACCCUGAAGUCUAAUCUACAUUUUAAUCAUCUUAAGUCUAGACAAGUAACUGUAAAUCAAGUCCCAAUGUGAAGAAUUUGCCAAUUCCCAUGGUGUAAAUACUCCCACCACAGCUGAUUUCAAGCUACCAGUUAGAUGUCAUUGAAUGGGGAGCUGGAAGAGAUGCCCUCAGCACCCCGUUAUGUGGUGUCUGUGUCCCUAGGUGCCGCAGAUGUACAUAACCCGGGGCAGAGAAAACAGUCCUGUGUCCAGAAAUAACUAGGAAGUGAUGUUUGUUGACUUUGCUUUUAAUAACACAAAUUGUAAACUUCUAUAAUUUAAUUGUUAAUGAUCAUUAACAACUGGCUAGCAAAAUUCUUGAGAAUUCCGCAGUCGGCUUUCCUGAGCCAGUAGGAGCUGCCCCCACACAGCACCAGGCAGAAGCAGACGGUGGCCCUCAGGGCACCCUCCAAUCCCGAGUGACUCCACGCCCAGGACCAUGGUUCGGGGCCCACCGUUUCUGGCUUCAGCGUCAGCAGACUGUGCUGGGUCGCUGCUCUCUUCGCUUUCCACACCACACCCCGACCUCCAUGCCCUCCUCCACCCUGCCCCUCCGCCUGGAUUGCCCUUACUCCCAGUGCCAGCCAGAGGAGCCGAGGGAUGGGGGGAGGCUGCCUUGGCUCCCAUGGGGCUCCGAGAGGCCUGACCUGCUUCAGCCUCUUUUCAGACUGUCCCAGUCAGCACAACAGGAGCUGCCUGAGAACCAGGCCGGCCUCUCCCCGACAUGUGCCCUCCCAGAGGCGCACAUCAGCCUGAGGGAGCCUUGUACACAGCCAAGCAAACAUCCCAAGGGCUCAAUGCACUAGCUAUUGCUUUGAUCUGGGUCGGCUGCUUUGGGGGCUCAGCAGCUCAGGCCCCUCUUCCCUGGGGUGGGGUGGAGGAAGCUUAGUGCUGCCCUCUGGGAACUCGGCUCCGAGGUGAGGUGCGGCUGGGGUGACAACCUGCUCUGCACCAUCACUUGGGGGAAUUAGGAGCAAACCGCCCCAGGGCAGAAGGGCAGGUAGUGAGAGGCAAGAGGUGUAGGUGGAGAAUGUUUAUUGUAUAAAAUAAGAAGGGGCCGCCCCGCCUCGGGGCGCAAUGGACAGAACUCCCCCCCACCCUCCCCCUCCAGGGAAGCCCAUCCUGGGGCUUCCCUGCACCUGCCCCUGCAGCCCUGAGGGAGACCCUGCUCCCUCCUGGCCUCCAGCGGGGGCCAGGGAAGGCUGGAGCCACACCCCAGAAUGAGGCAGCAGAGAGGACAGGAUCCUGCCGCCCAGCCUCAUCCCCAUGCUUCCCCCCUGCCCACCCUCACUGCUCCCCACAGCCAACUCAGGGACACCACACGUCUCAACACAACAGCGGACACGUCUAGGGCUGCUCCCCGCCA